AUGCCGCUAGUCCGGGUGGAUCCACCAACAGUAACACCUCUACCCAAAUGUGAGAACGCAUCAUGUUGCGUGAUUGGAGGGUACCAGCUGUGUUUCAGAGGUCCUAGCACGAAACAGUCUGAAUGUGCAUCAAGCCCGUGCAUCUUCCCUCGUGCUUCGUGCUGUGCUAAUCGUACGGUUGAACUAGCCCCUGAUCAACAUUGGCAGUGUUCCAGAAAAGAUGACACCAGUCCACCACCGUCAGACACAUGCUGGACCUGUUGUCCGAGCUCUGGAGGCUAUUGGUCCGAAUGGACUGAGGGAGGAGCAUGUGGUGAUACCUGCGGUUCAUGCGCUCAAGUUACACAAUCACGAGUCUGUCUUACGGAGCAACAUAACUGCACUUGCAGGGGCCCUGCAACACGAACGAAGAACUGUAAUAUCGGUGUGUGCUAUUUCCCAAGAGACUCUUGCUGUUCGCCGUACUCAUCAGCGAUCAUAGACGGAAAGCAUGCAUGCGGACCACAGCCAAAUUACACAACACCUCUGGCACCGGUUGAUCCGUACUGUAACAACACAUGUUGUCCUGAUAACGGAAUAUGGUCCGAGUGGACACAGACACCUGAACAAUGUUCAGACUACUGUGGAUCAUGUGGAAAUGUUGACCGAAAACUAGAACCUGUCUGUCCGAAGCUGAUGGCUGCCCUUGCAAGUACUGGAGCUACCACCAUAUCAACUCCCUGCAACACCGACGUGUGCUACUUCCCUCGUUUGUCGUGCUGUCCUGGAUUCACAUCGACCGUCAUCAAGGGACGGCAUUCGUGUGGCCCUGUGGUAAAUCAGUUUAGCUUCUCACAUUCACAGAAUCACACUCGCGCUUCAAAGGCACAAAGCUUAGUUGAGUGUGCCAGACUAAUCAUGGGGUUCAGUGCUUGA